AUGGGUCCACCAAAGAAAUCCUCGAAAAAGGAUAAGAGUGGGUCGAGCAGUGCGAGUGGUUUUGUCGAGAACAAAUGGAAUAAAAAACGUCGCACCGAAGAUGAAGCUUACGCUGCAUUGGCGGACGAUGACGACAGCAACCUCGGGGAAAGCGAUUUUGUGCCGGAUGCGGCCACGAAGAACGCGGAAAAGAAUGAUGAUGCCAUCCAGGAGGACGAAUAUGGGGCGAAGGAUUACCGUUCGCAAAUGGAACUUAAACCUGAUAACGUAUCCCGUCCGUUAUGGGUCGCUCCAAAUGGACACAUCUUUCUGGAGUCUUUUUCGCCUGUGUACAAACAUGCCCACGAUUUUUUGAUCGCCAUUUCGGAACCAGUUUGUCGUCCGGAACACAUACACGAAUACAAACUGACCGCGUACAGUCUGUACGCGGCUGUCUCGGUAGGUCUCCAAACACACGAUAUCGUGGAGUACCUUAAGCGGUUAAGUAAAACCACUAUUCCGGAAGGCAUCGUUGAAUUCAUCCGGCUUUGCACUCUUUCCUAUGGAAAAGUGAAGCUGGUUCUGAAGCACAACAAAUACUUUGUUGAAAGCCCACAUCCGGAGGUGCUGCAAAAGUUGCUCAAAGAUCCGGUUAUCCAAUCAUGUCGCUUGCGGCGCACCGAGGAAGAUGGUGGGGAUGGAUUCAUCAAGCAAACGCUCGAGAAAGGAAAGGGCAUAACGGCAUUCGGUCAAACGAAGCUUCCUCCCGGCCAAACCACACUUCCACCAGGCACAGGAACAGCGGAGACAGCCGAUGGACAGGAACCUUCAACUGAGACACCCACCGCUGUGCCGGAAGAUAUAACAAACUUCUACGACAAAAUGGACAACGAGGAGGAGGAAGAGGAGGCGAAUCUGAACACGGUGUCGUUCGAGGUGAAUCAGGAAAAGAUUGAAGUGUUGCAGAAGCGCUGUAUCGAAAUCGAAUUUCCCCUGCUGGCGGAGUAUGACUUCCGCAACGAUACGAUUAAUGCCGACAUCAAUAUCGACCUGAAACCAGCGGCCGUACUGCGUCCGUAUCAGGAAAAGAGCCUCCGUAAGAUGUUCGGUAACGGACGAGCCCGCUCGGGAGUUAUUGUGCUGCCUUGCGGUGCCGGAAAGUCGCUGGUCGGCGUAACUGCUUGCUGCACUGUGCGCAAACGGGCACUAGUUCUGUGCAACAGUGGCGUUUCUGUUGAGCAAUGGAAGCAACAGUUCAAAAUGUGGUCAACGGCUGACGACAGCAUGAUCUGUCGAUUCACGUCCGAGGCGAAAGAUAAACCGAUGGGUUGUGGCAUCCUCGUGACGACAUAUUCCAUGAUCACACACACGCAGAAACGUUCCUGGGAGGCGGAACAAACCAUGCGCUGGUUGCAGGAGCAAGAAUGGGGCAUAAUGGUGCUGGACGAGGUACACACGAUCCCGGCCAAAAUGUUCCGACGAGUGCUAACGAUCGUGCAGUCGCACUGUAAACUUGGUCUCACCGCUACCCUGCUUCGAGAGGAUGACAAGAUUGCUGAUCUGAACUUCCUUAUCGGGCCGAAGCUGUACGAGGCGAACUGGUUGGAACUGCAGAAGCGAGGCUACAUCGCUCGUGUCCAGUGCGCGGAGGUGUGGUGCCCGAUGGCGCCUGAAUUCUACCGCGAGUACCUUAUCGCGAAGACCUCAAAAAAGAUGCUACUGUAUGUGAUGAACCCGGCCAAAUUCCGUGCUUGCCAGUACCUCAUCCGUUACCAUGAAAAGCGUGGCGAUAAAACGAUCGUGUUCAGCGACAACGUGUUUGCGCUGAAGCAUUACGCCAUCAAGAUGAACAAACCGUACAUUUAUGGACCCACGUCGCAGAACGAGCGGAUACAAAUCCUGCAAAACUUUAAAUUCAACCCGAAGGUGAACACGAUCUUCGUCUCGAAGGUUGCCGAUACGAGCUUCGAUCUGCCGGAGGCAAACGUGUUGAUACAGAUCUCGUCGCACGGUGGCUCUCGGCGACAGGAGGCCCAACGUUUAGGACGUAUUCUGCGUGCGAAAAAAGGCGCCAUUGCCGAGGAGUAUAAUGCGUUCUUCUAUACGCUCGUCUCGCAGGACACGCUCGAGAUGGGUUACUCACGAAAACGGCAGCGGUUCCUGGUGAACCAGGGUUACAGCUACAAGGUGAUCACGCAUCUCGCUGGGAUGGACAGCGAUCCGGAUUUGUUUUACAAAACGCGCGACGAACAAGGUCAGCUGCUGCAGCAGGUCCUGUCGGCAACGGAUAUGGACUGCGAAGAUGAGCGUAUGCCGGGUGAUGGCACCGGAGUACCGAGACCCGGUGGUUCCAAGCGUACCGGAGGGCUUAGCUCGAUGGCUGGCGCGGAUGAUGCGAUUUAUUAUGAAGCCCGGAAAAAGUCUGCCCAUCAGCAUCCGCUGUUUAAAAAAUUCCGCUGCUAAAUUUAAGAGCCAGUGAGGCGUGUAGGAGUUCUGUUUCGUUCAAUAAAUUUAACAAUUGCC